AUGUUUAUUCCUGACGAGCAUGACGUUGCCGUUAUCGUCCGCGCCUACAAUGUGUUGUGGUGCCUGGGGGCAUUGCUGUUCUGUAUUGCGAUUUUUCUUCUCAAUGGUCAUCCGCUGGCCAGUCGAAAUUAUAAGAUCGUGCAGAUAAAUCUAAUGUGCGCCUGUCAAUUCACCGACACGGUGACGACGAUUUGCAAGGUGGUUUUUCUGGCUCCAAAGUUGGCGAUACGUCUGCUCCAAAUCACCGUCUCCACGUUGGAGUGUUUGCUCCUAGCGCAAGUCGGCGUCAUCAGCAUGUUCUACAUUUUCUUCUCGUUUAUAUACGCCGGCUUCGUAAAAGUGCGUUUGACACAGAGACGCGAGCUGGAGAUUCGAAACCGAACUGCCGCCAACUUCCUGCCGUUUGGAAUACUGCUGCUCUUGCUCUACGUAACCGUCGGUGGCUGGCAUCUGUAUUUUUGCGGCUAUGUUAUUACAGAUCCUGUAGAAAUCUGCAAACUGGAACCCUUGCUAUGUAAUCAGCCGCAAUUAUUUUUGGUUAGCUUCCCGCCUUACGUGGUUAUAAUCACCAUCGUUUUGGUCGUGCUGAUCGCCAGUGGCUUUUUCGGGUAUAUGUGGGCCCUGCAUACUUCGAUGAAGGCCGCGAGCAGCAUCGUUGUUUCUACAAAAACCCGGCAUAUGAUGGAAGUUUUUGAGCAUGUUUUCCAUUUCCAGAUGGUCAGCUUUGGCGUGUUAAUGAUACUGCCGCAUGCCGUCAACCUAAUGAUGAUCAUUGGCAUCGGGCACAAUGAGUUUUUAUUUGCUGGUGCGUGCUUACAUGACCAGGUUGCGAAAAGCUUAACCUCUCGGCUCAAGCCUCAGACCGAAUCCAAUGGCAGGCGUCUCACCAUUGACAUCUUGCCUUCACUCUACUGCAACAAGCCUCUCAAUUAUUGUGCCGAUUUGCCCGAGAAGUUGGAAGAGGUGGCGCCGCCGGUCUCGUCAAAAUUACGCAAC